AUGUCUGAAAUUCAAAACUUCCAAACAUUCGAUCCUUUCAGAGAUUCCGCAGACAACAACCAACUUUCAACCACUGUUACUGAACAAAACUUCGUUCACAUCAGAGUCCAAAAGCGUAACGGUAGAAAAUGUGUUACUAUUGUUGAAGGAUUGCCUCGUAAUUUCAAGUUUAAGAAAUUCAUCAGUGGUGUCAAGCAUAAAUUCUGUUGCAACGGAACAAUAGUAGAAGAUGAAAAGGCAGGUAAAGUUAUCCAAGUUUCUGGAGAUCAACGAGGCAAUAUUUCUGAAUUUUUGCUCGAAGAAGGUAUUGUCACCAAGGAAUCUCUUAAAGUCCACGGUUUCUAA